UGACAUUUCAUUAUCGCGUCGCCAUUUUGCGUUGCUUUUUCCUUUGCAAACUGUGUGGCUUAUUGAAUUUAUAUCACAAAAUAAUAAUUGUUUUUGUUAUAGCGAAGCUGUGAUUGUUAGUAAUUAAGUAGUAUAUUAUAUCUUAUUGUUUUUAACUUAUUUUAUUCUAAGUUUGGUGUAUUUUACGUUACAAUGGGCAGAAAGAAGAAGAAGGCAUCUAAGCCAUGGUGCUGGUACUGCAACAGGGAGUUCGACGACGAAAAGAUUCUCAUUCAACAUCAAAAGGCGAAACAUUUCAAAUGUCACAUUUGUCACAAGAAACUGUACACGGGACCUGGAUUGUCAAUACACUGCAUGCAGGUUCACAAAGAAGCCAUAGAUAAAGUACCAAAUUCAUUACCAAAUAGGUCAAAUAUAGAAAUAGAAAUCUAUGGUAUGGAAGGUAUACCACCUGAAGAUGUGAAGGAGCAUGAGAAACAAAAAUCAGGUGGUGGUAAAGGGUCAGACAGUGACGAUGAUGAGCCUGCUGCAAAGAAAAAAGCAACGCCUGCCCUGCUGGGCCCUGGUCCUUCACAAGUCACUCCGGGCAUAUUGCCCACACCCAUGGGACCAGUACCUCCGGGGAUGUACCCUGGGCAUAUGCAAAUGCAAAUGAUGCCUCCUUUUAUGCAAGCACCUAGAAUGAUGAUGCCGGGAAUGCGGCCGUUAUUCCCUGCGGCCAGCAUGCCCCCCACAUCGACGAGUAAACCUACGUUCCCCGCCUAUAGUAAUGCGACAAUAAGUGCGCCGCCUACGACGACAACGCCCUCUAGUAGUUCGGAUCACAAGGAGAAUGGUGAAGUGAAACCUCCCGCGGCCAACGCGUGUCCCUUAGUGACGGCCACCGGUGCCGGCUCCAAAAUUAUACACCCCCCUGAAGACGUCUCGUUAGAAGAGAUCAGGGCUAGAAAUAUUAAGUACAGAGCGAAACCUAAACCCGACGCCCCCGCGGCUCAACCCCAGCCUGCGCCCGCCAUGAUCACGCCCAGCACGAGUCAAGCAGAGGUAUGGGUGGCGGCGCACAUGAACGCGGCGGUGGCGGCGGCGCGGCAGCAACAAGCGGCGGCGGCGCUGCGGCGCGGCGUGCUCAACAUGGGCGGCGGCAUGGCGGGCGGCGUGGCGGGCGGCAUGGGCAGCAUGGGCAGCAUGGGCAACAUGGGCAACAUGGGCAUGCACGGCAUGGUGGGCAUGCUGCCGGCGCCGGCGCUGCGCGUGCCGGGCGUGGUGCCGCACGUGCCGGUGUCGGUCCCGCAGAUGCCGCCGGUGGUGCCGAUGCUGCCCGUCAUGCCGCAGUUCAACCUCGUGCGCCCGCUGCAGCCCGAACGAUGAUCAUCAAUGCCCAAUGGUGAUUAUGUUCGUAAGGCAAUUUACAAACGCCCCACGAGUAUCCCGAGCGUCUCUCGUGCUCAAAAACUGUUCUGAGGACAUUCUGUGAAGUUUGAUAAUGUUGAGACAUUGUAUAGUAAUGUUUACACCCCCUUUGACCAUGUUUACGAGUGUUUAUAAAGUGGUGACAUGCUGGUUAGCUAAGCUCGUAACUGUAACGACUGCUGUCUCCAUUUCUGUCCGUGUUUAAACCUCUGAUGUCCUUUCAGAUGACCCCCCAAUGAACAGUAUUACGAUGUAUUUGUAUGGAUAUGAUAUUCUAACGUAGGACAUAUCAAAGUAUUAGGUAAUUCGUAUUGAUUAUAUUCUCGUUGUCUUUGAUGUUGCACAUUGAACAUGAAGUUAAAUGUAUUUAAUGUAACAAAUUGUAUUUUUGAUGUUGAAAUGGUCCAAAGCCGAGACUCGUUGAAUUUUUUUUGUACAAUGUAAACCAAAGAAAUUAUGUAAUGUUAAGGUUAGAUAAAGACUGGACUUUUAGUACAUUCCGAUUGAAAACUCACCAUAGUCGUCCAUAUUUUUAUAUUCGCAUAACUAUUGACAAGAACACAGUUGACACGAUAAUGUAGUUGUGUAACACACUAUUGGUAUUAUUUUUGCAUUUAUUGAACUUAAGAAUAAUAUAGAGUGGGUGGUUUUCUUUAGUUUUAAUAAUAUUUGCUUUACGAUAGUUUAGUUUAAGAAGACAGUAAGACAUUGUUUUGAAUCUUUUUUGUUACACACGCGACGCGUGCCUAUAUCUGAACGUGGAAAAUGGAGUGUCAUAAUAAUUGAUAACCCAAUAAAGUGCAUUCACUAGAGUGAUUUUCUUUUUCUAUUUUCCACGGCUACUGGUAUGAUCUAAUUAAGACAUCACUAGCUUUAGUUAUUUUGACUGUGUGUAAGGAAAAUGAUCGCUUAUGUUUUAAGAGCGUGGAGCCGUUGUCCACUUAGUUCGCUAAUGUCGGAAGGCAUCACAAGACGUGAGCGGCUGCGGUCUUGUGGUCGGUGGGUGCCUUCCAUUUGUCGCCGCGGCCACAAUGUCUCUAGUAACGAACACAUAACAGCUUGUCGAUACUCACCCCUAACGCCCACUAACACGACCGGCCGACCUCUCACCCCCCUAGUACCGGACCACUCGUCCUAGACUUACACUGUCAAGACUAUAACUGUGAUUUUGAUGUGCCAUCCGCACUAUCGGAGGACGGAAUGAAAAUGAGCGGUAAUUUUAUUCACAUUCCUUAAUGGAUUUGCUUAUUGUAGUAGCUCUUAUCUUAUUACUGUCUCGAUUUUCUCGUAGUGUCAUAUAAAAUAUGACUGUCGGUUAACGGGUGGGUACACUAAUAUUAUAUUUACGUACAGUAGUUUUGUCGCUUUACAAUGUGCAUGAAAAGAACGAGUUAAUAGUCGUUGGCUGAAUUGGAUUCUACGAGCAACCAUUCUCGGAUCACACUGAACAUGCAUGAACUACGGAUAUUACGAUUAUUACAUCGCCGAGUAUUUUGGAAGUGUGAUUUUUCAUGUGAAUUAUUUAUCCUACCUACCUGUGUUCCUUUGCUUAUCUGCACCUUACUGCGGGCGGCCGGCGACGGUUGCGGCGCGGUGACAGGCGAUUGUUCUGCAGUCACCACGGCUGGCCGUGUGUUGGACCGAGGUCCCCUGUUGCCACGCGCCGCGGCCGCCCGUGACUUGGACUGUGUGUGCAGGGAUGUUGCUGCCGGGAGGCGUGAUGCCGAUGGGCGCCAUGUUCCCGGGCGGCAUGGUCAUGCAGCCGCGCUACCGAUAGCCGCGCCGUCCGCGCCGCCCCGCGCCCGCCGAGCGAAGGUAGGCGCUCGUUUGUUUCGUAUCUACGUCCGCUUGACGGUUGUGUGUCCGACGCUCGUUGCUAAGCGCGGUGAGGGGAACUAACGGAAGGUAAGGCGGCGCGAGGCGGACAGGUGAUGGGCGGUCGCCCGGCCUCGGCCGUGGUUGGGCCGGCAGUUCCCUGCGGCCAGCAGGCGACGGAACCUGUCACAACAUGAGUUGUUGGAUUGGCGGCCCCCUGUCCCUUAGCAUAAGUCAUUAUAUUCCUACCUUACCACUGAGCUCUCACAUAGACUGUCAAAAGCAGAAUUUCUGUAGUGAAUUCCGUUCUUAAUUAAAUUUCUGGUGUUAAGAGAUGUGUGUAAGAAUAAUAAUUGAAAUAAAUUUAAUGUUAUCUGCCUUGAUGAUUCUCUAAGCGUUUCCAUUUUAAAGUUGUGACGUUUGCCUACUCUUGUAGAAUUUUGACUAUUUUACGCAAUAAAUGCUCUGGACAUGA